GAGUCGGCGUUUCCAGUGUCGCCAUCUGAGCUCCUCAAACAACCUACUGCAGCCCCAAAUAUGCAGUUUUAACCUGCCAGAAAUAACCGUAUCGGGUCCUUUAAUAUACGAUUUGGCUCCACACAUAUAAACCGAUAUAAACCCGACGACAGUAUUUAAUUUUAGUGAGGAAUUUCAGAGCUGUGGGCGCACGUUGGCUCCGUCACUUCCUGCUUUUGAAAAUCGCGGCCUGAGAGAAACAUGGAGCUACAAGUGGGUAGUGAACCAAUGAGCCUGGGCUCUCCCGCCUCUCCUAAGCCCUCGUCUGGGGCUCAGUUUCUGCCCGGCUUUCUGAUGGGCGACCUGCCUGCUCCUGCCACCCCUCAGCCGCGACCCUUCAGCCUGUCCAGCCCCCUCAUGGAGAGCCCGAGUGCACACCGAGGGGGAGGAAGCGGAGGAAGUUCAGCCCUGCAGCCUGUUGUCCCCACUCCCAAAGAUAAGAGUGGAGCCCCACCUGUUCGCAGUAUCCAUGACGACCUGGCUACAGUAGGGACGCCCCUCAGCGCGCACAGGCAGGCUUUUCCAGUUAUGCAGACUCCACUUUCUGCACGACAAGCUUCAACUCCUGGGACAGGUGUGCAGCAGUUGUGUCUGUCUCCGGCUCAGGUGGAUCCUUUCUACAGUCAGGGAGAGUCCCUGUUGUCUGACGACCAGCUGGACCAGACCUGGGUCACCGUGUUUGGUUUCCCUCCGGCGUCGGCGUCCUACAUCCUGCUGCAGUUCGCUCAGUACGGAAACAUCCUCAAACACAAGAUGGCGUCUCCCGGCAACUGGAUGCACCUUCAGUACCAGUCCAGACUUCAGGCCAGGAAAGCUCUGUCUAAAGACGGGAAAGUGUACGGCGACUUCAUCAUGGUUGGAGUGAAACCCUGCAUAGACAAGAGUGUGAUGGAUAGCGGUGAAGCCUACUCUUCCCCCCUCAACUCCUCCGUGCUCCCGUCCACCCCUCGCUCUGCCCUCAGGUCGCUCAGCGCCCCCUACAGGAGCUCCGGCAGUGACUACCAGGUGGUAGCAGACAGACAGACGCCCAGGAAGGACGACAGCUUUGUUUCCAAGGCCAUGGAGUACAUGUUUGGCUGGUGAAACCUGGAGACCCAAA